AUGUCCGAAGACAAAACCCGGGAUGAAGAGCCGCCGCGCGGAUCAACCUUGGACGACAAGGCUUACAGUGUCUAUGGUAGUGUGGACGGUUUUAUCCGACCUCCACCGCCCCGCGGUCUUCCGAGUAUUACAAUUCCAAGCGAGGACCGGGAACUUCCCCCAGCUCAAUCGCAAACUCCCUCAGCUGCCAACCGCCGAACCCCUGUCAAUCGCCAAACUCCUGCCAUCCCCCAACCCCCGCAAACAUCAGCAGCAGUACACCAUCCCCCCCAAACCCCAACUACACAUGUCCACACUCCUGCCCCCGCAGCCCCAGCCCCAGCCCCACCUCGCCAAGUACUCCAAGCGGCCAAUGACCCACUGGUGGAGUCACUGCUCGCAUUAGAUCAGCUGUCUGAUACAGACUUACAGCUAGCGCGGCAACUUUUCAACAUAACUAAGCUUGCUCCUCAGGCGCCGGAACGAAGCCACUGGAGCUUAACAGUUGUCAUGUGGAUGACCCAACGACGUGCCGCUGCGUUGCCCGCUGCUCCUGUUGCAGCCAACGACCCGAGUGCGCCAAAUGAUCUGAGAGAUCCUCAUGCAAAGCACACUGGAAUCAUACAGCCGGGCCCAAUCAGCACACGGGCACAUCUUUGUGCAUUCUCCACUGCCCCUAAUCCGAGUAAGUAA